CACAUCAAACCAAAGCCUCUCCUUUCUUCCACAGCAUCUCAAGUCAAAACCUCAGAUACUACUACAAUACAAACAAUGUCUUUCCAUCUAAGAUCAGUAAGCUUUCCCUCCAAGAGGUGCUCCAACGAGGCCGAAGUCCAAGAUGAGCUGCAAAGCCUAGAGGCAAGCGUCUCUUGCCGCUCUGCAACCAUCGAGGUGAUGUGCGAUGGUUUGAGGAGGCUUGGAGAUGUCUACAGCCACAUCGAGGAGAUGAUCCACUUGCCCAGCAGCCAAGUUUGCUCCAUCCAGCAAAGGAAGGAGCUGGAUGGGGAGCUGGAGAACUCACUCGAGCUAAUUGAUCUCUGCAAUGCAAUGCAAGAGAACUUUGCCGAGCUGAAGACCAUCAUCCAAGAUCUGCUUGUGGUCUUCAGAAGGGGAGACGAUGCAAGCGCUCAGGCCAAGAUCCAGUCAUACAUCUGCUUGGUCAGGAAGGCAAUGAAGCAAUUCAAGAAGACCAGCAAGAAGACUACCUGCUACAAGGAGGGCAAGCUGGUCAGGCUUCUGACCAAGGCUAGAUUGUCCGCCUCUCUUCUCGAGUCGACAUUGAGCCUCGUAUCAAAGCAAGUGGCCACGCCCAAGAGGUCUCUUGUCUCCAAGGCAUUCCAGAAGAAGAUUGUGGUUGCUUGCGAGGAGGUGCAGUUGCAGGCAUUAGAGUGCAUCAUCGGAGAUCUUGAGCAUGGAGCAGAGCUUCUGUUCAGGAGGAUGAUCCAGAGCAGAGUUUCCCUCCUAAACAUCCUCAGCUCAUAG